CAUGCUGCACGGGGAGCCUCCACUGCUUCUCUCCUCCAGCCUUGGCUUCUGAGGACAGCAAGGUGCACCAUGGCCCCCUGCCAGCUCCGCAUCCCCCCACCCCAGGGGCUGCUCCAGCCCCUAGUCUUGCCAGAGAGACUUCUGCUUGGACCAGGGCCCACUAACAUUCCCCCCCGCGUCCUGUCUGCAAGCGGCCGGCAGAUCCUGGGCCACAUGCACCUUGAGAUGCUACAGGUGAUGGAUGAGAUCAAAGCAGGCAUCCAGUACGCCUUCCAGACACAGAACCAGCUAACCCUGGCUAUCAGCGGCACUGGCCACUGUGCCAUGGAGGCUGCCCUCCUCAACCUCCUGGAGCAUGGCGACACCUUGCUGGUGGCCGUCAAUGGCAUCUGGGGACAACGUGCUGCCGACAUCGCCAGGAGGUUGGGAGCUGAUGUCCAUGAGCUGCUGAAGGCCCUGGGUGAGUACUUCACACCACAGGAUAUUGAGGAGGGCCUGGCACGGCACAAGCCUUCAGUGCUCUUCAUCACCCAUGGCGAGUCUUCCACAGGAGUGCUGCAGCCACUGGAUGGGCUGGGUGAUCUGUGCCACCGGCAUGGCUGCCUGCUGCUUGUGGACGCGGUGGCAUCACUUGGGGGAGCCCCCAUCUUCAUGGACCAGCAAGAGAUCGAUGUCCUAUACUCCGGAUCUCAGAAAGUCCUCAACACCCCCCCUGGCAGUGCCCCCAUCUCAUUCAGCGAGCGAGCCAGGGAGAAGAUGCUGAGGAGGAAGAUGAAGCCCCCAUCCUUCUACCUGGACAUGGGCUGGCUGGCAAACUACUGGGGCUGUGAUGGAGAGCCGCGAAGGUACCACCAUACAGCACCAAUCAACAGCUUCUUCAGCCUGCGGGAAGGCUUGGCCAUGCUGGCAGAGCUGGGUCUGGAGAACUCGUGGGAGCGCCAUCGAGCCAACUGUGCCCUGCUGUGCCAGGGUCUAUGCGACCUGGGGCUUGAACUCUUUGUCAAGGAGGAGAAGGCAAGGCUUCCCACUAUCACCACUGUCAGGGUGCCUGAGGGAUAUGACUGGAAGGAGAUCACAGCCUUUCUCAUGGACAGUCAUGCCAUUGAGAUUGCCGGAGGCCUGGGCCCUUCCAUGGGCAAGGUCCUGCGAAUUGGCCUCAUGGGCUGCAACUCGACAAGUGGAAACGUGGACCGUCUGCUUCAUGCCCUGCAAGAUGCCCUCAGGCGCUGCCAUCGCAGCAGACUGUGA